AUGGAAAAUAUAAACCUUAACGAGGUUGAAGGAAAGCUGUUCUCCUCCGGAUCCUCAGACUACAGAGCGCAGAAGUACCUAGGAUGUGGUGUAUAUGGAGAAGUCCUCCAGUGCAGGAACUUAACCUCCAAUGAAAUUGUGGCUCUGAAAUUCAUAAAAGACAAUGAAUAUAUUGACGAGGCAAAGCAUGAGAUACAAAUCUUUAAAGAGAUACAAGCCCUGAACUCCUGCAAGUUCAAUAUUGUCAAAUGGAUCGACUCCUUCAUGUAUGAGGGACUAUAUUGUCUCGAGUUGGAGAAGCUGGAUAUAAAUCUGCAUGAAUUCGUGCGGAAGAGACCUUCAAAGUCUCUUUCACUAAAGGAGAUCCGUCCUAUUCUGCAACAGUUGUCUACAGCGCUGAAGUUUCUUUCAAACGUAGGGAUUAUUCAUGCAGAUCUUAAGCCCGACAACAUUAUGCUGGUAGAUCAUCUGAGGCAGCCGUUGAGAGUCAAAGUCAUCGACUUUGGCUUUGCCUUUCCGGCUUCCGUAGCAAGGCGUGGCGCAACUCUUCAGGCCCAGUGGUACAGAUCUCCAGAGAUCCUGCUCGGAGCCCCCUUCAAUCAGGCUAUCGACACCUGGUCUCUGGGCUGCAUUGCAGCUGAACUGUUUAUGGGCCAAGCACUGUUUCCUGGCAAGGAUGAUUACGACAUGAUGAGGCACAUGGUAUAUACUGUUGGCAAGCCACCAGAUGAUCUCCUCACUGCUGGACUGCUUACCAUGAUGUACUUUAAUGCAAAAUAUGGAGGACAGCAUGGCGUCUACUGGAAAUUUAAGCACAAGACAUUAGAUGAACUCUCAGGAGAAGAUGCCGAAGCAGAUCAAAGUGACCGGGCAAGCUUUGUGGACUUAUUAACCAAGAUGCUGAAGGUGAAUGUGUCUGAAAGAAUAAGACCCAGCCAAAUUCUUCACCAUGAUUUCAUAACAAUGAGCCACCUCAGAGGCUUCAAAGACAGCAUGCAUGUUAAGUCCUGCUCAGACCUGAUGAGCAUCUGUCAAUCUUGUGCGAAUGACGGCACCUCCAACUGCCCUGCCAGUCCGGCCCAACGCAGUGCCCCCAUCGAGGGUCACCCUGCUGAGCUGAGCAGUGAAAGGCAGACUCAGAGUGCCGACACCAGUGGAGGAAGCAGUCAAGUAAAGAAAAGAAAGCGCGAUGGUGCUGACAAAUCUGCCGACUGUGGCAGAACUCCAUACCCCUCCCCUCCAAAAGAAGGGGGGAAGGGAUUGCUGACGCCAUAUCCAUCAUGCACAAAGUCACCCACACAAAAAAGAAAGAGGGAUGACACUGAUCUUUGCUCUCCAGCAAAGAGGAUCUGUGUAACUGUGGAUAAAGAGCUGACAGACAGCGUCAAAAAUUCCAAACCCUCCAACUCAGAAAAUGGUCCGGGCAGCACACCCAAGGUCAGCCCUCUCAAGAGAAAGAGAGAUGAGGAGGAGUCAGGAUCAGGCAAUAGCUCCCCUGACAGAAAGAGGAGGGAAAUACUGGCCGAAGGAGAAAAGGGAGCCAACCCCGACUCAGAAAAUGUCCAGUCCAACACUGUCCGAGUCAGCCCUCAAAACAAGAGGAAGAGAGACAUUAAGGAGGAGCCUGGAUCCUGUAAAACCUCCCCUAAGAAAAAGAUGAGGGAGAAUCUGGCUGGAGGAGAGGAGAGAACCACCACACCUAAAACAGCUGCAAUGCAUCCUGCCAGUUAG